GUCUGCGGUGGAGGUAGACGAAAGCGGGAAGUUGCCCGUUGAUUAAGGAACGGGUUUGGCGGUGUGACCCAGACUCUGUUUGCUCAUCGCGAAUACUACGCAGUGGAAUGUUCCCGUGUAGGGAUCAACCGGAUUUCCAUCCUUAAAACGUUAUUAAUCAUAUAAGAGCAUCGGUCCAGAUGGGUCUGACCAAAGUUCAGCGUGCUGUUUCCUCACACCCAGGCCAACUCGAUGUGUUUGGAGAACCAACAAAAAAGGGAUGGGAGAUGGGAGGCUUCCUUAUCUGUAGCUUUGCAGCAAGUAGUAUUCUUUGUACAUUGUCCCUGAAUAAAAAUCCAAUUCUUCCCAAGAGUGGAGGGGCUGGAUGGAAUGAGGUUUUGUCAUGUGUUCUUUAGUAUUCAGUUUUCUCAUUGUGAAAAUCCAGAUGUGCUUAUUCACCAGCUUCUUGCCAACACAUUUAUAGAAAGUUAUCUCACACAGGUUACAUGCAGAAUCUGAACUCCUUUGCUUAACAUGAAGAAAAAGAAUGGCCGGACAUAUCGAAAAAGACGAAGAAAGCAGUCUAGAACUUUCUCCUUAAGCUGUGUAAGUCUUAGUCACAAAGAUGAAUACAUAUUUCUUAAGAAGUGGCUGAAGGAAAGAGGUUAUGAGGACAGUAAACUAAUGCCAGCAGAGUUUCCAGGNACAGGAAGAGGAUUGAUGGCCACAAAACAUCUACAGGCCGAAGACUUGAUUAUUUCUUUGCCUGAAAAAUGCUUGCUUACCACUGAUACUGUGCUUAACAGCUACCUCAGAAAAUAUAUUGUAGAAUGGAAGCCCCCAGUUUCUCCUUUGAUAGCAUUGUGUACAUUUUUAAUAGCAGAAAAAUUUGGUCAAGAGAAGUCUUUGUGGAAGCCAUACCUGGAUCUCUUACCUGAAACCUAUACCUGUCCUGUUUGUUUGGAGCACGAAACAGUGGAACUUCUUCCUGAGCCCCUAAGAGGAAAGGCCCGUGAGCAAAGGAAACUGUUCCAGGAACUGUUUGUUUCCUCCCAGCCAUUUUUCUUUUCUUUGCAGCCUUUGUUUCCUAAAAAUGUGAAGUCUGUUUUUAACUAUCAUGCCUUCCAGUGGGCUUGGUGCACCAUUAAUACAAGAACAGUAUAUAUGAAACAUUCACAGAGAGCGUGUUUAUCUAGAGAUCCAGAUACGUAUGCCUUAGCCCCAUUCUUGGAUUUGUUGAACCAUAAUCCAGCUGUCCAGGUGAAAGCUGCAUUUAAUGAAAAGACAAAGUGUUAUGAAAUAGUAACACUUUCAGGCUGUAAAAAAUACGGAGAAGUAUUCAUUUGCUACGGCCCCCAUGACAAUCAACGUCUGCUCCUGGAAUAUGGUUUUGUUGCCCGCCAUAAUCCACACAGCACUGUUCAUGUCGGGGCAGCUACUUUGCUUAAAUAUGCCUUUCCAGAAGACAAACAGAGGCAUAGGAAGCUUUCCAUUUUACAAGAGCACAAACUUUUACAUGAUCUGACAUUUGGUUGGGAUGGUCCCUCUUGGAAGCUUCUUACAGCUCUGAAACUUUUAAGUCUUGAAGCCAAUCAGUUUACUUCCUGGAAGAAAGUGUUACUUGGGGAUGUGAUUUCAGAGAGGAAUGAAAGGAAGAGCUUGGAUCUUGCCAUGGAGAUAUGUUUGUCAUUGAUUGGGGAAACUCAACACACCCUUCAGAAGAUUUCUCUUUUAAAAAGUGACUAUGCACAUCUUGUAAACCAGCUGACUCUGGUAGAGGCAUUGCAUAUAGAAGAGCUAAGAAUUUUGCAGAAAACAUCUGAGAUUCUUCAGUGUUCUGCUCCGCAACAGUCUGAUCUCCUUUGAAACAAGCUGUGUCUCAGGUGUUCUGGGUGGAACUUCUAUUGCAGAAGCCACAAGCUUAUUUAUUGUUUCUUUAUCAUAAGAAAUAUAUCAUCUGUCUUUCUGUGCGAAGCAGAUACCAGCAAGCUUACAGUGACUCGUAUCAGUCAACACAACACAACACAACAGUUUAAAAGAAAGUGAGAAUACUCUGUAAAAUAGCAGUGACCAAAAAAAAAGAAAGAAAGAAAAAAAGAAAAAAGGCCGAAGCCCAUAAAAGUCCUAUAGGUGAAAGUUAUAAUUAAUUGUGUGAAGAAGAUGUUUAUUGGAAUGAAAGAACUUCAAAAGCGGACAGCUGAUAAGGCCAGAUGCACUUAAAUGUGGAAGUUCUUCCAUAGUCCAGGUGCAAUGAGAGAGGAAGCCAAUUUGUCUCCACCAACCUAACCUUCACCGAGAGUGGUGGAAAAAGAAGACACUCAGAAGAUAAGCAAAGUUCCUAAUCUGGUUCAUACUGGAGGAGGUGUUCUAGUGUUUUAUGUUUUGUAUUCCUGGUAAUUCAAACCCAGCUGUCCAGAACUUUGAUAAAAGUAUCUAGCAAAAUAAUAGAAUAAAAUAAAUGAACAAAAGCGAAACAAUAAAAUUGCAAAAGCCCAACGGAAGGGAAAAGACUUGCAGAAUCAAUGGGGAUAGAAUACCCUGUUGAGCUUGAUUCUGAUCUGCGCUAUGAAGAGACAUGAAAAGUGUAGAAUAACAAGUUUUUUUACCAAAUUAAAUACUGUAUUUUA